UGACCAAUGUGUGAAUGGUGUCUCAACUAUAAUCUGUCAGCGUGGACACGCAUUGGCAUAUGUCUAUAGUCAUACUGUAGUUUUAGAUAGUACUUUUUUUAUUUAUUUAUUUGUUCAUCAUAUAGAUAGUGUUAAUAUUUGUCACAAGCAAAUUGUCAAUAGGCAGAGACCACUCCAACGCAUUCAAGACAAAAUCGACAAAAUAUUUUUUUGUUGAAAACUGGAGUAUAUUUAAUAUAAAUAAUAAUUCUCAUUUUAUGUGGGGUUUUCCUUUAAAACACAAAUGGUGCUUUAAAAAAGCCUUGAACCCGCCCCUUAAUGUAUCCUUAAAAAUGUGCCUGCCAGGCUUAUUUUUCAGAAGUUACUCAACACAGAUCAGUGCAAACGUUUGUUCUUUGCCAUUUGAUACCGAUUCAGGACAUUUUUGGCAGUCUAUCUCUUUAAAGAUGACUGAAUUUCUAAAGAUACUUUCAAACAAGAAUGUUAUUGAGGCUUUGCUGGCUGGUCUUGAGAAGGUUAUUGGAAUGGUGGCUGGAGAUGUUUUCCCUGUUUCCUCCAUUGCUUCUUUGGUGAGGCUGGCAGUGGACAAGGUGGACAGCGAAGAGUACACGAACGAGCAAUUCCAAAAGGUACAAGAUCGACUCAGUGUCAUUACUAAUAAAAUGAGUCAGAUUAAUCUGGAGAUUGAGAAAAAUACGAUGAAUAACAAAUACUUUAAAGAGGAGCAGAACCUGAGGAACCAGUUUUCCAAGUUUAUGGAGAUAUUCGAUGUCAACCCUCCACACAGAGAAGCCAGAAAAGACAUGUUCAUGGAUGACUUUAAAAGGUCAGGUGGGGACAAAAAUCUCCACAAGCUCUAUAAUGCAGUAACAGGAGAUAAUUUGUCUGGAAAGCCUUUGCUAGAGACUGUUCUGGUUUGUGAGCAGAAGAACCUCAGGCAAGUGGAGAAUUUUUGCACUAAGCUGAAGCAUCUGUUCUGCAUCGGUUUGAUAGCUUUACUGGGAUACUUAAGUCUGAAAGGCAAAGACGAAGAGAAGUUGCUUCAAGAGCGAAAAGAUGAGUGGGGCCAAAAAAUGGAAGUGGUCCAGUCUAAAAUAAAUGAGGCUAUCGAACAGUGCAUCAACAGCUUUCCCACACAGGCUAAGACGGAUACUGAAGGCAUUGUGUCAGAACGCAGUGACAAAAGCAACCAGGAACUGGCUGACACAUUAAUGGACCACUUAAAAAUGAAAUACAACUGGGUGAGCUGGUCGGUCCGUGUCUUUAACUCUCCUACAGGCCUGUUCACCCAAAAAAAAGAUUACCAGGGUUUGAUGGGAAAAAGUUGUUUUCAGGUGUUGGCAUCGGAUGGUGCAAAUGUUGUGAUCUCAUACAGCGCCUCACCAAAACCCGUCGAUAAAACCUUUAUAUCUACGGUUUUAGUGGUCUUGGAACACAACAGAUGUAUAUGGAAGAAGCCCUCAAUGACAUUGAUGAGCAAAAAGCUUUUUUUGACAAAUCCCUUUGGUGUGGUUCAUACAGUCAAGAGCUCAUGUAAAAAUCUGGGAUAUUCCUGCAACUUCUCUGAUGAGCUGAACUACUAUGAAGACUUCAAGGAUUUCUGUGUUUUUUUUCAUUCUGCUUAAUGCCGGCAGGAAAAUAAAACCAAGUCAAUAGUUAAACUGAUUGAUGCACAUUGUAAUGUUAUGGAUGCAUGCUAUAUCAAAUAAAAAUACAUGUUUAAAUAUUUCUUUAAAAUGUGUGUGUGUGUGUGUGUGUGUGUGUGUGUGCGUGAUGACUAAAAUUAAGAGAUAUACUGUAUUACAUAGAUAUGUGGUAUUUGGGUGUUUUAUUUGCACAGUAUCCUUAUAUUUACUAUUCUUUACUCAUUUUAUGCAGUCAGAUUAUGUAUUGGUUUUAAUUAUGAAUUAAUUUACCAUUUAAUUUUACAUUCAUUAUUAUUCUUUCAUUAUUAUUUUUCAAUGCAAUAUUUUGCUGCAUGCUAUAUUGUCUUAACAAGUAUACAUAAGAAUAUGUCCCAGGAGAAUGUUGUGAACAUUUAUACUAUCUAUGCCUGAAAUAAUAGCACCUACUGAAUCUUUUACUAGUCAAACAAGUUAUAUUUAGAAUUUAAAUGCAUGUAAGAUUUUUCAAUAAACUCAUUUUAUUUGAACAUCACUAUCCUCUUCUGUCUCCUGUUCUUCUCCAUCUCUGUAUCUGCCUUGUAUUUGAGUAGAGUAAUAAACACACAACAGAUAUUAAUAUCUUUAAGUAAGUCAAAGUCAUUUUCCUGAUAAACUGAGAUCUCAUGAGACCUAGUGCAAGAAUUAAUGAAUUGGAUCUGACACUUUGUGGCAUGUAUUUUGACAUACUAACAAUUGUAUGUUAACUAAUUUCAUUUUAACAAUUGUGAAAAGCGCUAUAUAAAUAAAAUUGAAUUGAAUUGAAUACUUUACAAUUAUUUGAAUAGCAGCAUUAUUUGUAUGAUUUAUCUGAUGUAUGCAACAUUAGGGGUCAGUUGUAGCACUUCCAAUCCCACCAAUCAGGAGCAAGUUACAAAUCACCUCUUGCACUUUACGUAUGCUUAGUUUAGUCCUUAUUCCACACAUGAGAAAGUAUAGCCCUGUGGCAGACACAGCAGAUUUUUGAGGGGGGAAAUGAUUUUUAGGGUAGGAACAUAACUUUAUUUUACUUCAUUUAUGUUUUGGCAAUGCCUGCUUCAUAGUUAAACCUAUCAAAGCUAAAUCAUUUUUAUUGCAUGUCUGUGUAUACAUUUAUCAUUCAAGCUGUUAGUGUUAAUGUUUUUUGUCUGUUAGCUGUAAGGUGAGCUGUUCAUGCACGACUCUGGGUACAGUAAGUUAUCAUCAAUAAAGAUGUUAUAACACAUACAGUGUUCAAGAUUAUUGUGGCCAACUACUAUUACAGUAACAAAUAGGCAUUACCCAUUUUGUUCAUAUUUUAUUCAUUUUUUUCACCCACCCACACACACCAAUUAUGUUUAAAUCAGUAUUGAAUGAAAGGCUUUCAAAAUCAAUUUUUCAUAAUGUUACACAUCACCCGUGUGGAUAUUUUAAUGGUACAUCUCAUCUCACCCCGGGCUAUGUUACAAUUAACCCAGACUAUGUCAUUUAAUAGCAGACACACUGUAAAAAUUCCUUGUUGCACUAAAAUUUUUAAGUUUCAUUAAUUUGAGAUAAGUUUCAUUAAUUUGAGAUAAGUUUCAUUUAUUUAAGAUAAGUUUCUUGACUAGUAAAGUGUAAUAAACAAUCAUAUGGGUAACUAAUGAUUAUAAAAUGAUUAUGUAAAUGAAUAAUUAGGAAUAAACUAAAGAACACAAUAAUAAAAACAUUCUGCACAUGAGGAUCUAAGGUAGUAGAUUUUCUUUUAUUUUCUGAUUACAUAUCAUGGAUUACAGAGACUAUAUGUAUAUUUAAUAUAGAAUAACAUCUUUUCAGUAAAGCCCUCU